GAGCGGUGGCUGUGCCUAGCCGAGUUCAGGGCUGGGCACGCGUUCGUGUUAAACAGCAGCCAGCAAUGUGCUGAUUGCUCAGAGCAUGCAGUGUCUGGAUGCUUCUUGGUGUGGAGCAGUAGAAGCAGAGGAAUGCUGCUGGAGAGCUUACUCGGGAGGAGACAGAGAGGAUGGCAUGGUAAAUGGCUGUUUUGCAAUUCAGGAUGUCAGCCUGGACUCCUGCAGACAGGUCAAUAGAGACUCCAACCGUCAUGUUAAGGUAAAGCAGAAAAGUGCAGUGCUGAACAUGCUAAAGAAGUUGGACAAAAUAAGGUUCAGAGGUCACAAGAGAGAUGAGUUCCUUGAUUUAGCAGAGUCUCCAAAUGCUUCAGACACUGAAUGUGGAGAUGAAAUCCCAGUGAAGAUACCUCGAACAUCUGCUCGAGAUAAUGAAGAGUUGAGAGACCCUGCUGGUCCAGGGACCACCAUCAUGGCUUCAGGAGUCCAGGAUUUUAACAGAACAGAGUCUGACAGACUGAAUGAGAUCAAAGGUCACCUGGAAAUAGCCUUACUGGAAAAACACUUUUUACAGGAGGAGCUCAGGAAGCUGAGAGAAGAAACAAACGCUGAAACAUUAAGGCAGGAGCUAGAAAAGGAACGGCAGAGGAGAUUAGAGCUAGAACAAAGAGUCAAUGAAGUACUUAAAGCAAGGGCAGAAGAGGUGCCUGCAGCUCAGCAACCUGCAAAGCCACAGGCACAGGCCAAUGGAACAGAUAAGAGCUCUCACACAGUCUCCUCAAGACUCCAUAAGUGGUUUUGUGAUAAAUUUGGGGAGUAUAUUGAGGACUUCAGAUUUCAGCCAGAAGAGAAUACAGUGGAAACAGAAGAGCCACUUAGUGCUAGAAGGUUGACUGAAAAUAUGAGAAGAUUAAAGAGAGGUGCCAAACCUGUUACAAAUUUUUUGAAGAAUCUUUCUGCCUUAUUAGACUGGUAUUCUAUCUACACUUCUGCUAUUGCCUUUAUUAUUUACAUCAAUGCUGUAUGGCAUGGCUGGGCCAUUCCUAUGUUCUUAUUUUUAGCAAUUUUGAGGUUAUCCCUAAAUUACCUCAUAGCCAGGGGUUGGAGGAUACAGUGGAGCAUUGUGCCUGAAGUUUCUGAACAGAUGGAGCCCCCAAAAGAGGACCUGACUGUGUCUGAGAAGUUCCAGCUUGUUCUGGAUGUGGCUCAGAAGGCUCAGAACCUUUUUGGCAAGAUGGCAGACAUACUGGAGAAAUUUAAAAACUUGUUCAUGUGGGUCCAGCCAGAAAUAACACAGAAGCUCUACAUUGCUCUAUGGGCAGCUUUUAUUGCAUCCUGCUUUUUGCCCUACAGGAUUCUUGGGCUUGCAUUGGGACUCUAUGCUGGAGUCAAGUUUUUCCUUAUUGAUUUUAUCUUCAAACGAUGCCCCAGACUAAGAGAUAAGUAUGACACUCCUUAUAUCAUCUGGAUAAGCCUCCUGACAGAUCCUCAGCUCAAAGAAAGAUCUAAUGCUACAGUGUCGAGACGGCUUCAAACAGCAACUGCCAGGAGUUAUGUGGGCUCAAGUGCCCCCACUGGAAUAAGCAAAGAUGAAGACACAAGUCGUUUUCAUUCCACCAAGAGAGGAAAUUUCCAUGAAGUUUUUAACCUGCCAGAGAAUGAACGUCCUUUGCCAGUGUGUGAAAAUGGCUGGCGCUGUUGCUUGAUCAACAGAGAUCGGAAGAUGCCCACAGACUACAUCAGGAAUGGAGUUCUCUAUGUCACAGAAAAUUACUUGUGCUUUGAAAGCUCAAAAUCUGGCUCAUCAAAAAGAAAUAAAGUUAUAAAGCUGUCGGACAUAACAGAUAUCCAGAAGUAUAAAGUGCUCUCUGUUCUCCCGGGAUCAGGGAUGGGUAUUGCUGUAUCAACACCAUCUACACAGAAACCUUUGGUGUUUGGUGCCAUGGUACACAGAGAUGAGGCUUUUGAGGCAAUUUUCAGCCAAUACAUGAAAAUCACAUCUGCAUCAUCCAGCACUGAAAGCUAGUGUCUUAUCUUGGAAGAACUAAAGGAAACUUCCUUCUUGUAUGACUUGGUAGUGAAAAAAUGAACAUCCUCAUCUAUUUUGCAAUAAUUUUUCUUGUCUGGUGGUUUAUAUUCUAUCUGUUACAUAAACCAAGUGUAUUUUAUAUAUGCCUUCAUGUUUGUUUUUAAGGUUUUUGUAAAAAAAGACAAAAAAACCAAAUGAAAACAGUGAAAGUGCUAUCAUCACUAUUAGCCUUGCACAUUAAGCACUUUUAAUGUUUAUUUACUGACAUUAAAAGCUGGGAAGAUGCUUGGAGACCUGACUAUAUAACAGUUUGAUCCCUUUAUCUCCACUGAUGUCGCUAGGGAUUCAUUUGUCCCUUUAUCUUAGUUGUUUUUCCCUGAGAUGUGAGAAUGAUGACUGCAGCAGCCUGAAGUCACCUUCUUCAGCUUGGAGUUUUUAAUUGGGUCCUUUAUUGAAACCGAUGGCAACACAAAGGAAGUAUUAACUUCUUAGUAUUUCCAUAUGGACAACUGCAUUUAAAGUAACUCCUCCUUGCUAAUUUUUGCAUUGCAGAAGGAUGUUUUACUGGUUUGGUUAACUUCAAUUUUUCCUGCAUAGAGAUGUUUAAAUUACUUGUACAGUAAAUUGGAGGAGAAAGUUUGUAACUAUAUCUUCCUUUCCUCAUUAACCAAAGCAAGAGGAUGGAAGGCAGGCAGAUACUUUUUAUAAAAGAGGGCACCAAAAUGUUGUUCCUAAAAUGUUAGGCAUCUUAUAAAUAUAUUUCUAUAGGUACUUGUCCUAGAAGGGCUCAGCUGUUGUACAUGUUGCAUGUACAAGGCGUUUGUAUGUAAUGCAUUAAAGACUUGAAGGCUUUUUGUGUUGAGGUGGGAACGAUUAAACUAAACUCAGAUGUGAUCUUUUUUAAUUUGGCUCUUUUCUUGAGUUACCUUGUGAUAAAAUUAUGCUAUAAUAUAGCAACUGAAAGCACCAGUUCUCUCAAAGCAUAAUUUGAGGAGCGUUGGUGUGCUUCUGUCUUCCCCCUUGCAGAACUAAAUUUUAAUAACAAUUAAACCCAACUGCCAGGUAAAACAGGAAGGCUGCACUCCUCUAAACUCUCUCAGGCCUGUCUAGCAGCAAAGCACAUAUUGACCUUUGUCUUUAAUAUUAGAGAGCUUUUAUACUCUAUAUAAUAGCACCCAUCUGAGAGGUUUAGAGUUUUAUUUGCAUUUUCAUGAAAGCACAGUAGGAGUUAUGCCAAGCCUUCCUGAGUGUCUUUUCCUUUGCUAUGUCUUUUGAGUUGAGUAGUAUAGAUGUCUCCAGACAUUAUAUAAAUGGCCGUUAAAAAAAGCAAUGGAGAUGUGAAUUCUUAUGUAAAAUGAGACUUAAUUUCAUAGAUUUUUUUCUCUGUUUUUCUUUUUUUUUUUUUUUUUUUAACAGGAAUUUCCUUUCUUUGUAAGGAAAGGGGUAAAAUGAAGGAGGGAGAGGGGUAGCAAACACCAAAGGGUGUUUAACUCUUAGCACAGUUUUAACUUGAAGUCUGUCAAUAAGUACAAGAGUAAUGAAGAAGGUGGAGGUCAAACUCUACAAACCUUAUUUUAGUCUGGCCAUGAAAAGGUAGGAUAUGAGAACUUAACAGAAAUUUUAUAUGAAGCAAUUGUGUUGAAUAUCAUAAUUUGUUUGAGUAUUGUAAAGUGAAACACUGAUGGGGUAUGCCCUGGGUGGAAAUGUAAGCAGGAAUGGGGGAGAAGCCACUGUAAUGGUUAAAAUGCAAUUUUCAAGUUCUCACUUUAGAGUAGCACUGGAAAAUGUCUGUACAUGACCUGAAAAAUGGGUGCAUUUCUAAGACCACCUUUGGUAUGCUGUAACUCAGGGCCUGGAAACUUCAAAUACAAGUGAACUGGUGGGAAAUCCAUUUUGCCACCAUUUAAAGUGGAUGUAGCUUGACAGUUUAUGGUUUCAUAACUUUACACAUUCAGGUUGUGUUUAAGAAAAAAUUAUUGAUCUUAAAUCUUUCUCAUCAAAACUACUUUAAAAUCAGUUAAUAUCUUUUUUGUAAUUGCUACAUAUUAUAAUUUGGCUUUUCUUUCUAGAAUCUUCCUUGAAUAGCAAGUGCAGCUAAAAAAUAGGCAUUAAAAUAGCUUAAUGUUAUAUAAAUCUUAAUCAGAUUCAUUCAUUUUGUCUUAAGAAGAAAAUCCCUUGGAUGUGUUUUAAGGUUAUCCUUUUUUUUUUUUUUU